GCGCCAUCGGGGCCCCUCAGCGCCAUCGGGGCCCCUCAGCGCCAUCGGGGCCCCUCAGCGCCAUCGGGGCCCCUCAGCGCCAUCGGGGCCCCUCAGCGCCAUCCGCCCCCGGUCCCGGCCAGCUCCGGUGCUGCUCUGUGUUCUUCAAAUUGAGAAGUAACUCAGUAACUUCUGAAAUCAACACUGUUUUAAUGAACGGAUUCAUUUUUAAGGGGUUCUGAGACCCGUUUUACAAAGCUACCUCAAGUCCACGUUUUUUGUUUCCAGAGGAAGGAAGAAGGAUGUCCCAAAAACAGCUGAAAGAAGCCUUUAUCAGCAACCUAAACGGAACGAGUUUGCUGGAAAUUUCUGCAGGGCUGUGCCUGCCUCCGCUGUGCCUGCUCUGCAGAGGGCUCCUCCUGAUCCUGUACCACCUGCACCACGGCAAACCUGUGAGCUCCAGGAGGUACAGCCUGCUGCUAGACUUCCUGGUGCUGGUGUCCCCUCUCGUCUUCUCCUGCACUGUCUUGUCUUCAGUCAUCUUUUUCAUCCCAGUUAUCCUCGCCGCCUUCUGCGCCGGAAUAUUUUCCAAAAUAUACAGCCAGAGAAAACGGGAGGCCAGGGCGUCCUUUGGACAAAUUGUGGGAGAAUUCCAGGAGGCAUGCUUGGCUCCCGAGUGCAUUCCAGCGAUAACUGUAUUCCGUGUCUAUGUCAACGUGCUGACAGCCAUCAGCAUUCUGGCCGUGGACUUCCCGCAGUACCCCCGGCGAUACGCCAAGGCCGAGACCUACGGCACCGGCGCCAUGGAUCUGGGGGUGGGAGCCUUUGUGUUUGGGAACGCUCUGGUUUGCCCCGAGGUUCAGCAGCAGGCUCACAGGACACAGCCCCGGCUCUCCAGGCAGGUGUUCUCCGUGUGGCCGCUGGUUGCCCUCGGUGCUGGGCGGCUGCUGAGCGUUAAAUCCAUCGAGUACCACGAGCACACCUCGGAGUACGGCGUGCACUGGAACUUCUUCUUCACCUUGGCGCUGGUGAGACUCGCAGCAUCUCUGCUUUUAGCCACGUUCCCCAAACACAGGGUUUGGCUCGUGGCUCUGGCUCUGGCUGUGCUUUACCAGCUCCUCCUCAGCACCACCUCUCUGAAGGCGUUCAUCCUGCACGGGAGCGACGGCAGAGACUCCCGGCUCGGCUUCCUGGAUGCCAACAGGGAAGGGCUGCUCUCCUUCUGUGGCUACCUGGCCAUCUACCUGGCGAGCGUGCAGGUGGGGCUGUGGCUGCAGGGGCGCAGGAGCUCGGUGAGGGGCUGGCUGCAAGCCCUGAGGGGGCUGGCCCUGCCCCUCGUGGGGCUGUGGGUGCUGCUGCAGCUGUGCCAGGCGUGCGGCGAGCCCGUGUCCCGCCGCCUGGCCAACCUGCCCUUCUGCACCUGGGUGCUGGCCCACUGCCUGCUGCUGCUGGCCCUUUUCGUGCUCGCCGACCUGGCCCUGGUGUUCACAAAGCUGCUGGUGAGGGGCUCCAGCGUGCCCUGCUGCUGGAAGGUUGUGCAGCCCCCUGAUCCCAGGGGAAAGCGUGGGAUGGAGGCUGUGCCCGUGGGAGGGCAGGACGGGCUGUCACAGCUAUGCCUGAUUAGUGCUAUUAACAAAAACCAAUUACUGUUUUUCUUGCUAGCGAAUCUUAUGACUGGUGCUGUGAACAUCCUGAUAGACACAAUCCACAGCAAGGCUGCCUUUACGUUAUGCAUACUGCACUUGUACAUGUUUUUGAACUGUUUAAUUAUGUAUAUACUGCAUGCCAGAAAUGUAGUAUUAAAGUUUUGGUGAUUCCA